AUGGCCGCUUCUUCUUUAUCUAGCAUGCCUGGUCUUCCUACGACUUCUCCCCCUCAAGGCUUUCCAACUCCAGGUACCAGCCCAACCUCCUCUACAAGCCCAUCGACCACGAGUCCAUCGACCACAAGUCCAUCCUCCUCUACAAGCCCAUCGACCACGAGUCCAUCGACCACGAGUCCAUCGAGCACACCGCCAAUAGGUUCUGGUCAAAUUCCCGGGUCUAGCAAUGGCACAGACACAUCAACAGGCUCGGCCACUUUGACGCCCUCUAGAUAUCCAACAGCCAGUGCGCGGCCUAGCCAGCUUCCUGCAUCCAGCAGUGGCUACAGUGAUGGAGUACUAGCUGGUGCAAUAGUUGCCUCUACCAUUGGCAGUGCCAUCCUGACCUGUUUGGUCGCGUACUUUUGCUUCUAUCGGAAUUCAUCAAAGAGGGGGGCUGGUCCCAAGAACAAACGCACACAGAGCGAUAACCAUGACACCGAGGUCAAUGGUUACCGUAACCACCUGAGUGGCGCACUCACACUUCCUAGUACUCAGCAUAAGUCGGAUACGCUCUUCUCGCGCACUUUACAUGACGAUAAAUCGAACUUGGGAAGCUACAUUCCUAACUCGGCUGAUGAUCAAGCAGUUCGCAGCCGCGUUUUAACUGCCUUUGAGCAAAUUGCUCUACAUGUGGAAAAUUACUACUCUUACAACUCUUCGUUGAAUGCUGAGCCUUCCUACUUAACUCAGGAUUCAGAGACCAUCGGCCCCUACAAUUCCCCUUUUCUUCCUGCGCCGGCCAUUUCUAUGUUGGCCCAGUCGAAGGACAAGGUACCGGUCAUUAAGCACUGCCUAAUCCAGACCAUCCUUCCUCUUGUUUUUCAUACAACUCAAUAUAAACACCAUUCCAACGAAGAAUCACUCCUUCCGCCUCUAUAUGCUGCAUUCACAUUUCUUGGGGAAUUACAAUCAUAUCAAGAUGUAGCAGCAAGCCAGGUCCAAUUUCACUGGAGAAUGUUAUCCGCAUACGGCUAUCGAGGAGUAUCAGCAACGCAGAAGCAAGCUUAUAAAGCUACACGAAACGAGAAAAUUUCACGAGUAGUUAAGAAAUUCACAGCUGCAUUCCAAGCUUAUGCUAGCCUUCAGUAUCCCGAGUCAGCACGGAUACGCCACUUAACUAGUGUGGUAGAGGACGCUGCAGAUUUGGGAAUUUGGCUCUUUGAACAGCCGUGUGGGUUUGACUUUAUCUGGGAUAAAGCAGCCGUGGGGAAAAUCAGUAUAUCUCCAGCAAUGGUAAAGGUAUCUGAUGAGAAUGGGCAGCAUUUACACGUUGAGCAGGAAAUGGUCGAAUCUACUAUCGUCUCCUAUAAGUAA